ACUCUUGCUCAUCAACCGAUCUUCAUUGAUUCUGUGUUGACGUCUUUCGCUACGCUUUGCAAGCAAGCUUCUUGUCAUUCUUGACAUUACAUUCUUUUGGCUGUGCCAGUCCUUUCCAUCUUCCAGUUCAGUCAUCUUGCGCAUCGUAACACCUCCAAGGCAACUCGAACGAUCGUACCAAAUCACAUCAUGAAGUCUGCUCUCGUUUUCGCGCUCGUCGGCUCCGCCGUGGCAGCACCAUCGUUUGGCGACUUCCUCGAAGCCCUCUUCGGCGGCAACGACAACGACAACCGCCCCCACUCAUCCGACUUCCCCAACUUCCCACCCAUCGGUACCGGCUCAGGACUCCCCUUUCCCUUUCCCACAGCAACCGGCGCCCCCUUUCCCACCGGCACCUCUGACGUUCUACCAUUCCCCUACCCCGGCUCCGACAACCAGGCAAAGCGCCAGGCAAAGGCGCUGCACAUCGACUACCAGCUGGCGCCCACCGCCACUCCCGUGAUCAAGAGAAGGGAAUUGAAGUACCGCCAGCUGGGUGACUCCGCACUUCCAUCCUUCAGCCUACUCGAUCCCAACGACACGCCCACCGCGACUGAGUCCGCUACCGUUCUGCCUACUGAGCUUCCUACUGAGCUGCCUGGCCUGCCUACUGGAACUGGUGUUCCUGAGCUCCCCAGCGGCAUCCCAACAAACCUCCCCGGCUUGCCUACUGGAUUCCCUACACCUCCCGCCGGCGGCCCUACAGCUCUUCCCCCUAUCCCGACAGGCGAGGCGCCGUCCCUCACUGCUCCAGCUGGAACGGGUGCACCUGGUUCCCCUAGCCUGCCGACCACCUUCGGUACAGUUACAAGGGGACCAAGACCGACUGCUGCGCCUGAGAGCCCUGAGGGUAGUGAGGGCGAGGAGACGGAGAAUGGGAAUGCGUGGUUGGAGUGGGUUGGUGAUUUGCUUACUGGUGGUAAGGGAUCGCAGAACUAGACACUGGGGAGACAUGGGUUUGGGGUGUUUGUGGCAUGUGGGAGCGUCUUGAUGAUGCGAUUUCGAUUCUAUAGCACAAUUUAGGGUAACCGCAAGGUAAAAGGCAC